AUGGGCCCGGGAGAGGCGCUGCUGGCCAUGCCGCUGCUCUCCAGCGCGCUGGUGCUGCUCUGCUGCGCCUAUAGAGCCGAGCUUGCGCGUGCCUGGGGCUCCUUCCUGGUGAAACUGUCCCUGGGCCACCUGCUGCUGGCGGCACUAGACAUGCUGUUCAUGCUGCCCUGGUGGCCGCCAUCUGGGCGCAGCGCCUACCAGGCCGUGGGCUUCCUGGACACCUUCCUGGAGUCCAACUCAGUACUAAGCACCAUGGCGCUGAGUGCAGACCAGUGGUGUGUGGGUUUCCACGCUCUGCUAUGUCCACCGGGCUGGUGGGUCCUGGCCCUCAGACACCUCUCCUGGGAGCUGCUGGGAAGUGGGCUCAGCCAGGCAGACAGUCUGGCCUCUGAGGUCUCCCCGCUGGGGACCUAG